UGUGCUAUUAAGAGAUUAACUUUUUAACUUCUGAAUGGACAGUUCCAGCCAGGCUUUUACCAGAAUAGGCCCAUUGUCUGUGGUAGUGGGCUAUACAGGGCUCAAUGCAAGAUCGCAGAUUUUUUUGACGGAGGCAAGGAAGGGGAUGAAGAAGUGUUUUAGUGAGUUUAGGAAUGAGUUGUUCCGUGCUGUUACCAAGCCCAAAUACACGAUGCACUUCAACAACCUAGACUACCCCACAAUGCUGGCCUACAUCAAAGACCUCUACGUGAGCUACUACAUCACAUUUUCCCUGUCUGAUCCUACUCUUCUGCGCUGAGCAGUAAAGUUCCUCUGCGAGAAGCGCCUUUUUGUUAUGAUUUCUGUUAAGAAUAUUUGUAUUAGGCAUGACCUGUAUGACGAGUUUUGUGGGUUACUAAAAGCCCAGGAUACCGAGGAAAUUAAAUUCUCACAAAUACACAAAAGGGCAAUAAGGAAAUGAAACUUUACAGAAGAAGGGAAUCGUCAAACGGACUAUUGGGAUAUGAACAUUGAUAACAUGAAAGAAUGGGAUAAACUGAAGGAAAGCGAACCUGUUGAAAUUUGAAACGCCAGAAUUAUACUUGACCCAACCAUGGCCCAACAUAUCAGGCAAUUUAAGUGAAGUGCGGAAUUAGUCACUUUUUUCGUACGAAGCGGGAGCGCUAUUGAUGAUCUUAUGUCAACGAAGAGAUCCCAGUUCUUCAGGAAUAUCGAGUCAGUGGAGUUUGAUGUAAUUGAACAAAGCAGCAUUUCAAUGCUUUUUAAAAUUGAUAAGUUGCUUAAAAAGUUUCCCAUUGCAACUGUUAAAGAACUCAAGAAUAUCUAUAGUAGUAAGAUAUUGAAGGAUCUGAUCCAUAAAGUCCAAUACUGAAAUUCCUUAUCGAUGGACUGGAGUAGUGAUAUUAAGGCAAGAAAUGUAUUCAUUUAUUACCAAUCAGGAGGAAAUGUGUAUCGAGCAGAUGUAAACAGAAUUAGUUUUCAAGUGAACCUUGGAGAGGAUGACUCCCUACCUGACUGAAAAUAAGUACAUUAACUGAAUUUCUGGUCCUUUAAACCUUAUUGAUAUGUCUGACUGGAAAGUUAGCCGAAUCAAAAACCCAAAUAAGGAACUUUGAGAUAUGCUGAAAAGUGAUGACUCGACCAUACUUUUGAGAAAUAGAAAACUCAAAUUGCUCUUUGAGUGAAGCGAUAUGUUCUAUCAGCCUGUGAAAAGGAUGUAUGAGCUCUUAGAUGUAGAGCUCAUUGAUGGAGUGAAAAAUUAUGGGGAUAUUUCUUUAUUCUCUCAUUUUAAACCAAAACCUUCGAUGUGACCACAAGAAUCUGUCCUGUCAUUCAACAAGCAAGGAAUGCCUUUUGAAGAAACAGAUUUAAAGAUUUUAGAAUUGAAAGGAGUCGAUACUUUCAUAUUCGUGUUUCAUUCUUCCGAAUUUUUAGUGAAUUUACAAAAAUGUAAAGAAGCUUGAGAGAUACUAUUUGGAAAGGCAAGCAAGUUCUUAAAGAUAUUCUUCAUUAUCUACUAUAAAAACACAAUAAACCCAUUGCAGCUGACUAGAAAAUCACGAAGAGAUGAAAUAUUCAAAAAUUUAUCAGAAUGUAAAACAGAGAAAGACAUCCUAACCUCAUUUAAAAAGUAUCAUUCAAAGUGGAGUCAAGACGAUAUGCCAUAUAUCAAGCCCAGCAUAACUAGGUACAUCAAAUAAUAGUCCUCUGUGAGGCUCUCCCUCCACUCUCUUGGCAUAGCCUGCUUGUCAGGUCUAUAAUUAGGUAAACCUCAAGUUUAGCCUAA